AUGCUGUCUCGUCUUGCUCUGUCUUUGUCACCACUUCGCUUCGCGCCCUCAGCCAUCAGCCAUCAGCCCACAGGGGCAGGGGCCCUUGAAGACGACCCCGGCGGCUGUCUGCUUGGCGCUCGCGAAGGAGCACAAAAAGCGCAAGAGAAUGCCACAGGUGUUUCCGACGGCGGCAACGACCAAGGUGUAAGAUAUGUUGCACCCGAACUCUGA